UUUCGUAAAAAUAUUUAAAAGACAUCAAAAAUAUUUAAAAACCGUUUCACACUUGACCCUUUUCUAUGAAUACAAAAAUAUCCUAUUAUUCGUAUUGUCCGUGAAAUAUCAGGUGCGCAGUACGACCAGUGAAGGGUAUAAAAAGGAAGGAGGGCAUUUUUCAUUUCACAAACGUUUUACAGUCCUGCCAACGAACAACCCUCUAGUCAACAUGAGUUUUGUAAGACGCAGACUGCUCCCUCUCCUCGUAUUGCUGGCGAUGGUGAUCCUAGUGACAUCGCAGGUGACCUUCAGUAGGGACUGGAAGGGCGGGAAGCGAUCCGCCCCCACCGUGGUAGAUUGUGGACAGUUUACCAAACUUUGCAAACGAUUUAUUCACGAUUUGAAGCAAGUCAUGUCAUCGGACAGAUUAACAAAACCGAGACGAAUCGAGGCAGAAGACAUCGGUGUUACUUACGAUGAUGAUAAGUAGCUGAUUGGAAUAUUUUGAAGAAUUUCAUUGAAAAUCGCCAACAAUUUGUACUGUAUUGAACCUGUUUUAUUAGCUGUAAGAUGGUUAUUGUAGCUAAUAAUUAAAGUUAUGGGGAAACAUGAAAAAAUGCGCUCAAUAUAUGAAAAAAGUUAUAAAAAAAUUGUCACUGUUGCAUGAAGUAAUCAUAUGAAUUUUUUGAUUAUAUUGUUGUUAAUUUAGAUAUUUUUUGUUUGUGUAUUUUGGAAUAAUGCCUACGUUACACAAGUGAUAUAUUAUUGUUAAUAUAAGGCUGGACGUUUGUUUAGGUGAUAUUGACUCAAUUCGUUUUUUUUUGUUUUAAAUUGUAAGAUAUUAUUUAAUUUAGUUUUGUUGGUUCUUCGUGUACAUUACGUUCACAGUUUACUGUUAAAUUUAAUAAAAUAGCAUUUAUUUUGUGGACAGUUUACCAAACUUUGCAAACGAUUUAUUGUAAGUUAUUGCAUAGAUUAUUUAAUUUUUUAAAGUAUUAUU